AAGCAGGGAUAAAAAAUGACCUUUUUCCCCAAAUCAUCUGUCUCUCUAUUACCUGUCUCCCCCACACGAUCAUCCAUCCUUUAUAAUUCAGUUUCUUUCUAAAGAUCAACUGCAAAAAGACAGACAGAGAGAGAGAGAGAGACAUACCAAAUCCUUCCUCCUGACUUUGUGCAGCAUCUUUUUUGGUUUUGGUGGCGUUUGAGACAUCCAUAUAAUGUCUAGCGUAGAUGAUUUGAAAGGAAACGUCACUAGUGAGGCAGAGAAGUCGAUGCCAUCAUCACAUCAGGAGGAGGCUGCUGUAAAGAACAAGUAUGGAGGGCUCAUGCCAAAGAAACCACCUCUCAUUUCCAAGGAUCAUGAGCGAGCAUACUUUGACUCAGCUGAUUGGGCUCUUGGAAAGCAAGGUGUUGCUAAGCCAAAGGGACCCCUCGAAGCUCUUCGUCCCAAGUUACAGCCAACACAGCAGCAGACGCGAUACAGGAAGUCUCCAUGUGCUCCAUCCGAUGGCGGUGAAGAUGGAGGAGGAGCUGCUCAGGCCGAGGGAGUUUCCGGCAACGAGGAGUAGAGGCAGAGAGAGAAAUGGAAACUCUUGUGUAAUAACUUUGUUAUAAUCAUAUCUUUUGUCUGUCCAUUUAAAAACUAACAUCUUAAGCUUGAUCGCAUAGCGUCUCCAAGUUCCAGACAUUAUCAUAGUUCAUUACCA